UUAUGUCGCAAUUCUUUCUCUCUUUAGGUGCCAAGGAUGUGAUCCUGUUUAAAAGCUUAACCUACUGGAUCUUGGGGGCGAUGAGAGACGCAUUGAUUUUGAUUCGGUUGGGGGUGUGAGAUUGAUAAGAGAGGCAGCGAUUCGAUGAGGCCUUAAUUGGGCAAUCAAGAUUUGAUGGGCGUUGGGUUGUUUUUCAUUUGUGCCAUUGUGGGUUUUGGCGAAGUGGGUCUCUUGAAAAUUUGGUGAAACCACCUUACCCACUUUCACUGUUGAUCUUUCAUGGCCAUUUGGAUGGUCCUCUUGAUUGAUGAUUAGAAAGAUGGCCACUUGUUUCUGAUGAGCGAAACCAAACUUUUUGAUGGUGUUGUGGCUGUUGAGGGAGCAUGAGGGCACUCCGGGGACAUUCUCGUCUCUGUUGACAUUGCGACGCUUCAAUGAGGUGGUCACGUAGUACACACGAACGGUGGUUACUUGUUUCCUGUAUCAGUGUUGAGUGUCCCAACUGCCCGCAGGGCAGUAGUUUAGAGAUUGAACUUCUGAGAAUGGGGAAGGGGUCAUGCUUUAAUGGUUUUGAGGAUGUAGCAACUCUGAUGUCAUGGAUUGACGGCGCUCAUUUUCAAGACAUUCAACGAAGAAAUAGACCGAUUUCUUCUGCACUACCAGAAACAGCCAUUUCCAUAGCAGUUGCUGCCACUGCAGUGGGUGCUGCCGCCACGCUUCUUAUAAAGAGAACCAAAGCUUCCGAAGAGACUGAGAUCCCUAUGAAAACUUGUGAAGACUGUGGAGGUUCUGGUAUAUGCUCCGAGUGCAAAGGUGAAGGCUUUGUGCUUAAGAGACUGUCAGAACAAAGUGCCGAGAAGGCAAGAUUGACUGCAAAGAACAUGGCCACCCGAUAUACUGCAGCGUAAUUCUCGCUUCCCAAGAAGUGGAGUUACUGUACAAAGUGCUCUUCCUCUCGUUCUUGCAUAAUUUGCGGCGGUCGAGGGAAGUUAAGUUUAUAGCUCUGCUCUAGUGACUCCUGAUGGGUAAAUGAAUGAGUUUUGAAACUUAUAUCUUGUUCUAGUCGAAUUCAGCUUGGCCAUCUUCAGUUUUGGUGGGUUUAGUGUUCAUUGCUUAUUGUAGACGCAAUGUGUAUGUCAACUAUUUUAGGAUACCUUUUGUAAAAUAUACAUUUUAGACUGAACAUG